AACGACUUUACCACCAGACCUCAGCUUGUCCUAUGUUUUUCCCGCUGUAGCGACACAGAAGCCAAGCGCUAACAGCUUGCACCCGCUUUGAAUUGCUAUCUUCAGUCAUUCUACACACACCACACUACCUCGACCGGAGCAUUUGCGCCGAAGCCUGCGCUUGCUUGCACCAUCUGACGCAGCCUUCGAACACAAGCGCACUUCCGAGCCUUCAAGAGUGUCUCCCCACCGCCACCAUGGUACGCAAUGGCAGCCCUUCGCCGGCGGACAACUUCCCGCUCGGCCACUCUGCAACCUCUCCGCAGCCGCAGCCGUCCAAACGCGACAAGAGACGCAACAUGCUCGCCGAGAAGCUCUCUGAAAUGAUGGCGACCUUUUCAGACAACCGCGACAGCCACUACAGAGCUCAGCUUGCUGCGCUGCAAGCCGAUAUCAACCUCAUCAUGAAGGCUGAUCCCUACAAGAACGAACCGCUCGAGGAUAACGGAACGGAGGCCUCUGAGCUGAUAGCACAGAUCAUGGGCAAUAACAUUCCCACUGCGCCUAGCGCUGGUACCGACUACGUUGCGCAGUGCGGAAAGUACUACUCGCGCUUCGUCGACGCUGUCAAUGACGCUAUGGAGGAGCGCGACUUCAACCUUACAAUGCUUUACAAUAAGCACGAAAACACCAAGAAUGACAUUGAGAAUUCGCACCACUACAAAGUUAAGAUCGCCGAAGAGGAACACAAGGCCCUUGCAGAAACCGUUCGCGAACGCCUAAAGGUAAGCAUACAGCAGCGCGCAAACAGGCUGAGGCGUGAGAAGGAGCAGCUGGAUAUCUCGGACAGCAACGCCAUGCUCCUACACCCCAAUCAGUUCAGUAUCGGCCACCCCGCCAGCCCAGGUGGGCCGCAAGCACCGCGUAAGACACGAAGAACAGGACACAAGUUUGGCGGUGAGGUCGAGGAGGUCGCAGCAGCGGCAGAGAAGUUGCGCAAGCGCAAGCUGUUCGAUGAGAACGAAAUCGAUUCGCCGGGCCCCUCUGGCCGCAACGUCGAGAUGGGCAAUGCCUCGCCCUUCCGUGAAGCCAAGGCGCGCACCAUGCACACCCAAUUCGAAGCGUCUGCCUACUCGCUCGACCGUCUCUUCACUGAGAAGGAACUGAAUAUGGCCAUGACGAAUGCGACAAAUGCAGCCUCGCAUUUUUUCGCGAAGAUGAAGUCGAACGAGCCUACCAACGCCGAAGCCAUGACCAACGGCCACACCCACACAAACGGCGACCACGCCUCCGAAAAUGGCGACCUUCCAGACGCAGAUCAGGACUCAGACGAAGUCCCUGGCGCAACAGACAUGGCCCGCCAAGUCUCUUCGAACCCACAUGCUACACGCGGCGCAACCCGCUCCACGACGUCCAUCACAAACGGUCAAACACUGUUCAUAUACAACCCACCAUUCGUCCUCGACCAGAAGGUCUUCCAGAAAGUCAACGCCUCGGCGCCCACACCGCCGCCUCUGGCCCCGCAAGACGUAGACCAAGAUCUGAAGCUCAUGCUUAGAGAAGCACGGCCAGACGAUGAGCUCAACGAACGAUUACUGCAAGCCGCGUGUCAACCAGUCAAGAUGAGGGACUACCAAGUUCAGCCUCCAGGGUUCAUGGAGCCGGUCAAUGAGAUUACAUCCCACGUUCGCUCUGUUGUACCGCACCUCGAGGUGGGAGGGAUGGGUGGAGUGCCGAUGAGUGCGCAGAGUAGUAUCGCUGGGUAUAGUGACGCUGGAGGAAACACACCUCUGGGCAGGCCUGGAGAAGCAAUCACAGGGCAUGGCGGUGGUGUGCCGAUGACAAGGACGGCGAGCGGGAGAGGGCGUGGGAGGGGACGAGGGCAAGGCUAGGCGGAUUGCCUGAUUUCUCACUCCACGCGUCUCUCUUUUUUGUUGUAUACCCACUGGCGUUAGGACACUGCUUAGUACUUUGCGAUUCUUCCUGUCUCAUCAAGGCCUUGUGGUGUGCGCAUUUGCAUUGGUUUCAGGCGUUACACCGCACCUUCCUCUGCAUCGGGCUUGUGACGGGUGUGAUGGACGACCCUGGCUUAUCUAAGUAACGAGUAGUAGUUACUGAAAGUCUUGCAUCAUUCACCCGUGGUUCCUUGUAACAUUAUCUUCCUCUGGCAUAAAGCUUCAUAAUAUGUGUCGCGACGAUAAAGGAACGGAGACAUUCACUGAGCAUGAUUUGUAACGUGUAUAUUUUGUUGCGGUAUCGGUCGGUCUGUACAAGGUCUGACUGUACCCCUGACAGACUACCCUAGUCUAGUGUGUAACAGGUCACUGGCCUGAGGUCAGGUAUAUAGUUGUCAUCUCC